GAUGUAACUUCCUCCCGAGGCAGCCAUGGCCACCACGGUCAUUUUCCGGCUCUCAAUUUUCGCCUUUUCUUGACACUUCAGUGAUCGUACUGGUCUUUGAUCACGUGACAUCGCAGACCCACGCCUCUUUUCGUGAAUUUUUUAUUCUCACACCCUGAAAACCAAAAAAUGGUGCCCUGUGAGUACUUUGUCCUCCAUUAAAGCCAUGCCGAUUUGGUCUAAGAAAUCGAUCCUUAGAGGGACGGGGCCCUUUUUAUCUCCCUGUUACCAGAUAGUACUAUUUCCUCUCCUGUUUCCACAAGAGGAGGGAGAAUCACUGGAUGGGUCAUCGGUCUUUCUGUAGUUUCUUGGCGGAGAAGAAGGCUUGAAGAAGAAGAAGAAGAAGAAGAAGAAGGAAGAGUGUAAGGAAGAAAAGAAGAACAAUGGGGUUCAUGUCCAGGAGGGUGCUGCCAAUCUGUGGCAAUAUGUGCGUUUGCUGCCCUGGGCUGAGAUCUCGAUCUCGGCAGCCCGUUAAGCGCUACAAGAAACUGCUUGCUGACAUCUUCCCGAAGAAUCUGGAUGAUCCUCCAAAUGAAAGGAAAAUCACCAAGUUGUGUGAGUAUGCCGCGAAGAACCCUUUCCGUGUUCCAAAGAUUGCCAAGUACCUGGAACAAAGGAGCUACAAGGAAUUGCGUUCUGAGCACUUCAAGUCAAUGAGGGUUAUCAUGGAGACUUACAAUAAGCUACUUUGUUUGUGCAAGGGCCAAAUGCCAUAUUUUGCUGCCAAUCUGUUGAAUGUGGUAAAUGAACUUUUGGAUUACACCCGUGGUGAUGAAAUGCAGAUCCUGGGAUGUCAAACCUUGACAAAUUUUAUCUACAGUCAGGCUGAUGGAACAUAUACACAUAAUAUUGAGAGCUUAGUCUGCAAAAUUUGUACACUUGCUCGUGAGGAUGGAGAAGGGAUUGACAAAAAGUCCCUUCGGGCGGCUAGCUUGCAAUGCCUCUCAGCCAUGGUAUGGUUCAUGGCAGAAUUUUCACACAUCUUUUCAGAUUUUGAUGAGAUUGUGUAUGUUAUCUUGGACAAUUAUGGAGCAGAUACACAUCAUGAAGGUGAUGAACAAGGAGAAACACAUCACAACUGGGUCAAUGAAGUUGUGCGUUGUGAGGCGAGGGGAAAUGUCUGUGUUACUAAUAAUAUUAGCCCAAGUUUUGAUAUAAUAAGAUCCAGGCCUGAAAAGAAGGAUCCUUUCAAGUUGACAAGGGAUGAGAUUGAAACACCAAAAGUAUGGUCUCAAAUUUGCAUCCAGAAAAUGGUUGAAUUGGCAAAGGAGACUACAACAAUGCGUCGAGUCUUGGAGCCCAUGUUCCUUUACUUUGAUACAAGAAGACAUUGGCUUCCUAAGCAAGGACUUGCAAUGCUUCUUUUGUCUGAUAUGUGUUUCUUGAUGGAGAGUUCAGGGAAUGACCAAUUGAUUUUGGCUGCUAUCAUCCGCCACCUGGAUCACAAAAAUGUUGCUCAUGAUCCUCGUGUUAAAUCUUCUAUAAUUCAGAUUGUUACUGCAUUGGCUCAACAGUUCAGAUCACGAGCUCUGGUUGCUGAAGCAGGGGUGGUCAGUGACUUGUGUAGGCACUUGAGGAAAAGCCUUCAAGCCACUGAUGAAUCUGUUGGUUUGGAAGAGUCAAAUGCAAAUCUUUCCCUUCAGAGUUCAAUUGAAGAUUGCUUGCUGGAGAUAUCCAAAAGGAUAAGCGAUGCGAGACUCCUAUUUGAUAUGAUGGCAAUAGCACUGGAGAAGCUGCCUAGUGUUGGAGUUGUUGCCAGGGCAACAGUUGGAUCUAUGCUGAUUCUCGCUCAUAUUAUUUCCUUGGUUUCAUUUCAGUCGUAUGUACAACAGGUUUAUCCAGAGGCUCUUCUUCUUCAACUGCUGAAAGCUAUGAUACAUCCAGACACAGAAACCCGCUUAAUUGCACACCGGAUUUUCACUGUCCUCCUUGUCCCUGCUUCUAUCCAUGCAAGACAUGAUUGCAUGUCCUUACACAUGGAGUCUGUCUAUGAACCUAGAAGACUGCACUCAAGAACAGCUACCAUCUUUUCAUCAGCCUCUAAGCUCUUUGAAAAGCUGAGGAGGGAAAAGGAAGGACCUCAUGUUGAAAAAAGUGGGGAUGGUCGUGAUGAUUCUAAAGAUAAAGAAUGUGCUGAUGAGGAGUUUAAACAUGGGUGCAUUCGAAGAAGUUCUCCAAAUUUGUACAGGAUAAGUUGUUCAAUUGUUGACAUUGCUGCUAGUAGCCCUAGCUCAACAGAUUCGGAACCAACCAUUGUAAAACUAAGCGAAGACCAAACAGCUCAGCUGCUUUCAGCCUUCUGGAUACAGUCCAAUUUACCUGAUAACUUGCCAUCAAAUUUUGCAGCUAUAGCUCAUUCAUUCAGCUUGACACUUCUCGCUUCACGGUUAAAGGGUUCCAAUCACAAUGUUCUUCGCUCUUUUCAGUUACCUCUCUCUCUCAGAACUAUAUCUCUCGAUUCUGAUGGAAAAUUAUCUCCUUCACACCAAAGGUCACUUUACACCUUGGCAACAGCAAUGUUGAUCUCAGCAGCAAAGAUAUAUCACAUACCAGAGCUAAUUGACUUUCUUAAGAUGUCCUUGGGCUUGAAUAGUAUGGAUCCAUAUAUAAGCAUCACUGAUGAUCUUUAUAUAUAUGUAAAGCCACCAGCUGAUCUGAAGGAAUAUGGAACCGAUUCUGAUGAAAAUGCAGCCUUAUCCUUACUUUCCUCUUUAAGGAUGGCAGAGAGUGAGUCAGGAAAUGCUCUUAUAGACAUUAUAGUUCGUGGUGUAUCUGACAAAAUGGAGGUUGAUGCGAACAGCCUAACCACAGAACUCUCUGACAUAUUUGUGCCUGAUGACACCUUCUUGCUUGGUCCUCAAUCUUUGUUGGACCUUGGAUCCUGUAAGACCACUGCCCAUACAAAGGAAUCACUUUCAAUGGAUGAGGACUUGCCUGCACAUGCAUUGAUUGAGGAUGAUGUUGUAAGUGAAUCAUCUAUGUGUGAGCUUCCUCGCUCUGUUGCAAAAUCACCUUCAGCAUCUCUAUCACAGAUAAUCAGCGUCGGGCAGUUGCUGGAAUCAGCACUUGAAGUAGCAGGUCAUGUUGCCAGUGCAUCCGUAGCGACGUCUCCACUUUCAUACAGCACAAUGGCUAGCCAAUGCGAGGCACUUGGCUUAGGAACCCGGAAGAAGUUGUCGAGUUGGUUGGUCCAAGACCCUAAAGUGGAAUUUCACUCGUUCUCAAACGAUACCCAGGCGAUGCACUCAAAGGACCGAAGCGAAACUGAUGGACAGAAAGAUGGUCUGCCGCAGGAGCCAUGGCAAGCUCUAAGGCUACCUCCUGCCAGCCCAUUUGACAACUUCUUGAAAGCAGCAGGGUGUUGAGUGAGAAAGAGCAAUUUGGACGAGUGCCUUUGCUUGUAUAGCUGCUAACUUGCAUUGUAUUAUUCAAAUCCCUUGUUUCUUUUCACGUUCUCGUUUUCCUCACUGCACUGAUUCACGGGAAUGUGGCGGUGGCGGGGGGUGGGGGUGUCUUACUGACGUGCAUCUUGUUGCAGACUGUCACUCUUUGUGGGUUUCGGGUUCCUAGCUCAGUACACGGCUGGAUAAAGAUGGAUAUGUCUUUGAUAGGAAAUGUCUAUUCACAGUUCUUCUUUCCGGCUUCCAUUUCUAUUUUGUGUAUAUAUGCUUAAGAUUUGAGUCAAUUGCUCAGCUGUUGCUUCUAAGCA